GCCGGCAGCCGGAGUGCAGUGGGCCGCUGAGCUUUAACCCCUCAGCGGUGACCUUUCACCCGCAGCCAAAACACACGUUUACCUUCCCGUACCGAGUUCGAACAAGUAGGCGAGACGGACUGGCCCUAGCCUAGGCUAAUGGGGCGGCAGGGUCGCGAAGGAAGCCGCUGCCCGCCGCCGAGGCCGGGACGGUUGGCUGUCGGACAUGGGCCAUGGCAGCCAUGGCGGGUCGCGCGUUUCUCUCCUAUAUGUUACAACGAAAAAGCUGAAGUGAAUGUCCUCGGCCACCUAACGAUCUUCCCCGUGUCACCCCUAGACUCCAGCAUCGGUAGUGUUUAACACUGGGCAGUGUUCCGCUGAGGCCCGCCGUGUUGAGAGGGACUAGACUGUCUAAUCCGAGAGUUUCCCAAACCAAAGGUUUUGUCCACCUGAGAGUAAACAUCUGAACCCCAGCUGGAGAAUAUAGGAUAAAAAGAGCUGUCAGAUUUACCGGCGUAGACACUAUUUAAUAAGGAUGCUAUGAAGUACACUGACUGCAGUGCUGUACUGUACAUGACUGACUGGGUCUCCAGCUGUGGGCACUUUUAUUCUACACAUAGACUUUCCAACAAGUACCCUUUCGCUUAUUCCUCCUGGAAUUAACAUCCACGCGAACGGAGAUCUGAAACCUUGCGAGCUCUUCUCCUCUCAAUAAAAAAGUGUUGUCAACCAGUUGCGUUCGUUCACGCGAUGUGGCUUUGCGUCAGCCGUUUAAAGUAGUCGCCGUUACCGUCCGUCGGUCAGCCUCACGUGGGGGCUGUUUCAUGGGGAUGGGUUUCUGUUUCAGGCCCGAGCACCUCAUGGGUUUUGGAGCUGUGGGUGAGCAAUAGGACGACGCGCCAGCAUGGAUGGGCAAACCCAGAGGAUACAGCUGGUGUCAGCAGAUGGAGGUGUCGCGCUCGGGCACCGCAUACAGAUUGUGACGGAUCAGCAGACAGGGCAGAAAAUCCAAAUUGUCACGGCGUUUGACCAGGCAGCAGCCGGGAAGCAGCAGUUCAUCCUGGCCAAUGCAGACUACUCUUCCCCCGGAAAAGUGAUCCUGGCAAAGCAGGACCAGUCCCCAGGCAAGGUGAUCCUGGCCACCCCUGACAGCUCCGGCAUCAACCAGUUGGUCUUCACCUCCCCUGACCUGGCUGGACAGCAGAUCCAGUUUGUGACAGAUGGCAGCUUGGACCAGUCCACAGCCAAGCCUGUGGUAGAGUACUGCGUAGUGUGUGGAGACAAAGCGUCAGGUCGUCACUACGGAGCAGUGAGCUGCGAAGGCUGUAAGGGCUUCUUUAAGCGGAGCAUCCGGAAGAACCUGGUGUACACUUGCCGUGGCUCUGGAGAGUGUGUCAUUAACAAACACCACCGCAACCGCUGCCAGUACUGUCGCCUGCAGCGCUGCAUGGCCUUGGGCAUGAAGCAGGACUCUGUGCAGUGCGAGAGGAAGCCUGUGGAAAUAUCGCGGGAAAAGUCAGUCAACUGUGCAGCUUCAACAGAGAAAAUUUAUAUUCGGAAGAACCUCUGCAGUCCCUUGGCAGCCACACCCACCUUUGUGACGGAUAAGGAGACAGCCAGGUCUACAAGUCUUCUGGAGUCCGGUAUGUUGUUGAACAUUCAGCAGCCAUUCUCCAAGUUGGAGAACACAGUCAUGGUACCUGUUUCUCAAGAAAAGAAUGACCCUGGACAAGGCGACCUGAGCACGCUGGCCAAUGUGGUGACAUCACUUGCUCACCUGAACAAAACAAGAGAGCUGACAGACAGCAACAUUGACCUAUCAGGGAUAGAAACAUUGAGUAAUGGUGAUGGAUCCAUGACUGACAUCCAGACAGAGGAACAAUGUACAAGUGACAUCACACGAGCCUUUGACACCUUAGCCAAGGCACUGAACCCAGUGGAGAGCUCCUCGGGUGAGGCCAUGGAGGCCAGCAUCCAGCUGGUGUCGGAGGAGCAGUCAACCAGCCUAUUGGAGCUGGAUGGUCCACUGCUCUCUGACACCCACGUGCUCUUCAAGCUGAUGAUGCCUUUGCCUAUGCCAGAGUACCUCAACGUCAAUUACAUUUGUGAAUCGGCUUCGCGGUUGCUCUUCCUCUCCAUGCACUGGGCACGCUCCAUACCUGCUUUCCAGGCUCUGGGCCAGGAAAGCAACAUCAGCUUGAUGAAGGCAUGCUGGAAUGAGCUAUUUGCCCUUGGCCUGGCACAGUGCUCCCAUGUGAUGAAUGUGGCCACCAUCUUGGCUGCCAUCAUAAACCACCUGCAGAACAGUCUUCAGGAAGACAGGGUGAAAGUGGUGAUGGAGCACAUCUGGAGAAUGCAGGAGUUCUGCAACAGCAUGUCCAAGCUGUCCCUUGAUGCCCAUGAGUAUGCUUAUCUCAAAGCCAUCGUCCUCUUCAGCCCUGACCACCCAGGCAUUGAAAACACUCUGCAGAUCCAGAGGUUUCAGGAGAAGGCUCACAUAGAACUACAGGAUUAUGUCACACGCACAUACCCCGAGGACACCUACCGUCUGUCUAAGCUACUCCUCCGACUCCCAGCCCUCAGGCUCAUGAGCAGUACUGUCACCGAGGAGCUAUUCUUCGCUGGACUCAUUGGCAAUGUUCAGAUCGACAGCAUCAUCCCCUAUAUCCUCAAGAUGGAGUCCACUGACUACAACAGCCAGGGAAUUGCAGGCGUGGUGCUGUGAGGAAACACCGGCACGUUUGCAGCACCGCCUGGAACUUGGAGCAGACGGGGCAGCUAUAUCUUCUGAAGGAAUAGUCAGAUACAUGUGAAAGCCUGAAUGUCCUUUGUGACGUCCAGACACCGUGGUUAACUGUCAUUUUUAAAUUAAAUCUACACACCCUCCCGUUUGCCAUCUUUCCUCAAAGUUAGGAUUUCCUUUUGAACCCUUUUUUAUUAGUUCUCCAAAGCCUGAUUUUUAUGUUGAUGUGGUCCAUCUUGUAUAGCUCAGUCAUGGUAUGUGCACAGCAUUCGGGUUAAUUUUGAGAUUUUUUUU